AUUGAUCUAUCAUUAUUAUUAAAUGGUUAUCCACCACAUUUUAUUACUCAACAAUUCAAUAGAUUCUUUUAUUUAAAUAAUAGACUAUCUAUAUUACAACAAAUAAAUGAACAGGUUUACUCUCGUUUACAUCACAAUUUAUUAUAUCAACCAACACUUCGUGAGAAAAAAUUUCAAGCAAUGAUGGAAGAUCCAAUUAAAACACCAUUGGUAUUAUAA